AUGAGGGUAGUAGUAACCUUGCUGGGAUUGUUUGUCGCUAGGAGUACAUGCACUCCUUCAACCCGACACUCAAGUAACUCCUCGCUGGAAUGGCACCAAGGGACUGCAUCUACACUCCCAUUGCUGAAUGCAGAGACAAGGAGCUCGCCAUGUGCCGGGAAUACAGCCGAUAACCGACGGCAAUGGUGCGAGUAUGACAUCCACACAGACUAUACAUCCACUACUCCAGACACCGGAGCUGUGCGAGAGUUUUGGUUUGAAUUGGCACAGGCAGAUCUCGCACCAGACGGACGAACGCGAUGGACAUUGGCGAUCAAUGGAUCGAUCCCAGGGCCGACCAUCGUGGUUGACUGGGGCGACACCGUGAUCCUCCACCUGCGCAACAGCCUCCCCAGCUCCGUGUCAAACGCCACCAGCAUGCAUUUCCAUGGACUCCGUCAACUCAACACCAACCCGAUGGACGGCGUGGUUUCUAUCACGCAGUGUCCGAUCGCCCCGGGCCAGAUGAUGACCUAUCGCUGGAGAGCCACGCAGUACGGAACUACUUGGUACCAUUCACAUAUCGGCCUCCAGACGUGGGAGGGUGUUUUCGGGGGCAUUAUCAUCAAUGGACCGGCCAGUACAAACUACGACGAAGACAAGGGAGUUAUUCUGUUGAAUGACUGGGAUGCCCGGACAGUCGACGAGCUUUGGGAUAUAGCACAACGGACGGGGCCGCCCACGCUCGACAACGCGCUGAUCAAUGGGACCAAUAUCUUUGGCGAUGAUGGCCCUGGUCGACGCUUCCAGAUGUCCUUUGCGCCGGGAAGGUCAUAUCGACUGCGGCUGGGGAAUGCUGCCUGCGAUACACAUUUCAAGUUCAGCAUCGACCACCACGCGCUGACGGUGAUUGCGGCGGAUCUUGUCCCUAUCGAACCGUAUAUUACGAAUGUGUUGGACAUUGCAAUAGGACAACGAUACGAUGUCAUAGUUCACGCCGACCACGCCAGUCUAGCCUCUGCCUUCUGGCUCCGAGCCACGCCGCAGCUCUCCUGCUCCAAGAACCUCAACGCAGACAACAUCCGCGGGAUAGUCCGCUACGACACCACACACAGCCUGCCCAAUUCAACGGCCCACGCCUCCACCGACAGCUGCACAGACGAAGACCCAGCACACCUCAUCCCCGUAAUCUCGCAUCCCCUCGAUCUCACCGGCGACAACGACCCUUUCUACAACGAGACCCUCCCAGCAACCCUAACCCCCACCACCCACUCCAUCUACCGCUGGCAACUCCACGGCACAUCGCUGCAGCUCAACUGGACUCAGCCCACCCUCCGACAACUACACAACCCCCACACCCAAUUCCACACCACGGCGGGCCUACUCUCCGUCCCCCGGGCCGAUACCUGGGUGCUGAUUAUAAUCGAGACUUCCGUGCCGAUCCCACACCCAGUGCACCUACACGGACACGACUUCCUGCUCGUCGCCCAGGGAGCCGGGCCCUACGCUCCCUCGCCCGGCCAAGGACCCCUGCACCAUGCGGCCGGCGCGCUGCCAAAGCGCGACACGGCCCUGCUUCCUGCGUCAGGACACCUGGUGCUCGCAUUCCGCACCGAUAACCCUGGCGCAUGGCUGCUGCACUGCCAUGUUGGGUGGCAUCUGGAGCAAGGGUUCGCGGUGCAGGUGGUCGAGCGCGAGGACGAGAUUCGGGACUUCUUCAGUGGGCGGUGGGCGCGGGAAGGGGCUUUGCUAGAGCAGAACUGUGUGGACUGGGAGGUGUCGGGGAUGCGGCAAGGAUGGGACAAUGGGUCUGGGGUUUAG